AACCGAGGGCCAAGCGGAACUUAAAAGCAAUUUUGCGGGGCGGUUUUGUGAAACCAAAGGAAGAGGGAGCUAGAGAUGAGUAUUAAGAAGGCAGGAAGGGGUGAGAAUUGGACGUGUCUUUCUCCGACAGGGUUCUGACUAGAUGCUGGGCUCUUUGCAUUGACGAAGAACCAGGCUUUGGGAUUGGAUAGCGACCAGAUAGCGUAACACCACCCUCCCGGCCCCCACCACCACCACCACCAUCAUCAUCAUCCUCUCCUCUGUUGAGAAUUGCGUUAAAAGGAAAGGCCUGAGCUUUGUCAACAUUACCGGAUUAAUAUAUAUUUUUGGUUUUUUUUUUAACCUCCCCCCUCCUUUAGAUUAAGAGGAACCGUUGCAGGCUGGUGCAUGUGUUUAGAAUGGGACACGCUGAAGGUCCAGUCAAAGAAAAAGACAGUUAAGGAUGCAGGAGCCCAACAAUGGAUUUCUCCUUCUCUUUCAUGCAAGGGAUCAUGGGAAAUACAAUUCAGCAACCCCCUCAGCUCAUUGACUCAGCCAACAUCAGACAGGACGGCUCCUGUGACACCGGUAGUGACCCGGGUGAAGAUAGUGGUCCCUCUUACGAUGCUGCCCUGGAUGCAGAGUUUUCCUACCCGCCGUCAGCCUCGGAGGACAUGCCGCAGGUCUCUAAUGGCUACCCCCCAGGUCUGGGUUUGUACGAGCCCCAGGCCAAGUUUUCCAUGUACUCCCAGUUCCCCAACGGCUCAGCUAACGGCUACGGAGCCAUACGGAGCUAUGGGGAGCAUGGCCUCCUGCCGGGGGAGGGAACUGUCCUGAGAGGACCAGGUCUUCAUGAUAGACCUCUAUCUCCCGUAUCUCCCCCGCUGCCCAUACAUCACCCGCACCUCCACCACCCCCAUCACCACCACCACCACCAACACGCACACCCCUUCCACUCAAACCCACCUCACAUACAGACCCACUCACACCGACAUAGUCCUCCACCGCCGUCGCUGCCUGCCCAGCACCAACUGUCCCAGACGCCUCACAUCAUGAGCCACAACCUACCACCCCCUCCUCCGUUACACCUGCCUUCCUCCAGCCCUCCUCCCUCCCUUGUGGACAGUACCCCCUCUUCUCAGCCUGCACUCGCCCCAUCCAACACCGCUGGUGGGGUGCUGAAGAAAACCAGCUCUCCUGAGAUCAAGCUGAAGAUCAUAAAGACGUAUCAGAAUGGAAAAGAGCUGUUCGAGUCUGCGCUGUGCGGGGAUCUGCUGCAGGAGCUGCAGAAGGAGUCUCAGAAGAACGAGGUCACUCAGGUGCAGCGCAGACACGAGAGGAAGAAGGAGAAGAGGAAAAAGAGUGCGAGGUUGCAGAUUCAGGUCCAGCAUCAGCAGACUGUGGAGCGGAGCCAAGAAGAAGCUGGCACGACGGCCCAGACAGAGGACGCCCACAUCUCGCCGCAGCCAAGAGAACCGCAGCCGAGCGAGCCUCCGCCAACUCAGAUUGAGAAACCUCAGAGGACAGUCAUCAAAACUGAACCAAAAGCACCAAAGGUUACUAAAGUCCAUCAUCCAUCGGUGAUCCAGGAGACGGGGUUCUGUAAGGAGUUUGUAAUCGGAGAUCUGGUGUGGUCCAAGGUGGGCACCUAUCCCUGGUGGCCCUGCAUGGUCUCCUCAGACCCACAGAUGAAGGUCCACACUCGCAUUAACACCAGAGGACACAGGGAAUAUCACGUUCAGUUCUUCGGCAGCGUCGCUGAGCGAGCGUGGAUCCACGAGAAGAGGAUAGUCACAUACCAGGGGAAGCAACAGUUCGACGAGCUCCAGGCGGAGACGCUGCGCAAAGCCACGAACCCAGUGGAGAGGCAAAAACUUUUGAAGCCUAUCCCUCAGAGGGAGCGUACUCAGUGGGAAGUGGGUGUCGGCCAUGCUGAAGACGCCUUCCUCAUGACGCGCCAGGAGCGGAUUGACAACUACACCUUCAUCUACGUUGACCCGGAACCCGAUGAGGCCCCGCCUACUAAGAAACCCAGCAUCAGAGCUGAGAAACGGAACCGGCGCUCCAGUGGCUCGGUCGGUAAGAAGGAGGACGUAAGGGUGAAGUCACCUGACAGAGAGCAGCCGCCACGGAGGCAGCUGCCACGGAGGCAGUGCAGCAUUUCCAACAUAGAAGACAGCACAAACUCACAGCCCGCUGGUGGAGAGAAGAACCAGAAGGGAGAACAACAGAAGAAGAGUUCUCCGAAGCCAAACGCCAGCUCCGAUGCAAAACAGGACUCGCCACCACCUCCGGUCAGGCCGUGGAAAACGGCAGCAGCAAGGAAGCUGCUACCUCUCUCCAUCACCAUGAAGAGGCUGAAUGUGGAGAUCACCAAGUGUGACUGGCCUCUCCUGCAGAAAAACAUCACGCCAUCCCCGAAGAAGGACAAAGAAGAAGAGAAGAAGGAGAGAGUGGAAAGAGAGGCCAGGCAGCCCGACCUGGGAUACUGCUCACCUGAUCAGGACAGCAGAGCCAAACCUGAGCCCAGUCCAGAGGAGGAGGAGGAAGAAGGGGAUGAGGGUGAGGAAGAGAGCGAUGAGAGGAGAGGUUCUCCUGCCAUCAGGAGGAGCGAGUCAGCAAAUCGACAAACCUCUUCACCUGGAUCACCCAGCAGCAGUCCACAAGGCUCUCAGGAGAGGAAGCCUCAGCGGCGGUCAGGCCGGAGUAGGUCUGAGUCAGAGAGAGGCACCGAUCCCAUCCCUAAGAAGAAAACUAAAAAAGAACAGGCUGAGAUGGCUCCAGAAACCACGCUGAAGACGGGUUCACAGAAAGGAGCCAGUGAGAUCUCGGAUGCGUGCAAACCCCUGAAGAAGCGAAGCAGAGCAUCAACAGACGUCGAAAUGGCUUCAUCUCAGUACAGAGAUACCUCUGAUUCCGACUCCAGGGGUCUCAACGACCCACAGGGAUUAUUUGGGAAGAGCCUCGACAGUCCAGCAGCAGCAGAUGCUGACGCUUCAGACACCCAGUCCGUGGACUCCGGUUUGUCCCGUCAAGACAGCGGUACUGGACAGAGAGACACGGUGUGCCAAAUCUGCGAGGUGUACGGGGAGGGUUUAGUCAUGUGUGAGGGUGACUGCAACAGACAGUUCCACCUGGAGUGUCUCGGUCUGUCGUCUCCUCCAGAGGGCAGAUUCACCUGCAACGAAUGUAGAAAUGGCAAUCAUCCUUGUUUUGGCUGCAAAUCAGCGGACCCGGAGGUGACUCGCUGCUCCAUGCCUGGUUGCGGAUGCUUCUACCACGAUGAUUGUGUCCGGAAAUUGCCAGGCACCACCAGCGGUUCUGGUGGAGGCUUCUGUUGCCCGCAGCACAGCUGCUCCACUUGUUGCCUGGAACGGGACGUGCAACGAGCCAGUAAAGGCCGUCUGAUUCGUUGUAUCCGCUGCCCGUUGGCCUAUCACCCCAGUGACAGCUGCCUGGCUGCUGGCAGCGUCAUCCUCAGCCAUCACAUCAUGAUCUGCAGCAACCACGGCAGCACCAAGAAGAAUGGCCUCCUCUCCUCCCCCGUCAACGUGGGAUGGUGCUUUCUGUGUGCCAGAGGGCUGUUAGUGCAAGACCUUACUGACACCAUAUUAAGUUCAUAUGCCUAUAAGUCCCACUACCUUCUGACUGAGUCAAAUCGUGCUGAGUUGAAAUUACCUAUGAUUCCCUCUCCUUCGUCAGCUACCAAAAAGAAUGUUGGGAAAGGAGGCAAGUUGCUGUGCUGCGACUCAUGCCCAGCUUCCUUCCACCCGGAGUGUCUGGAGAUGGAGAUGCCCGAGGGUUCAUGGUCCUGCAGUGAUUGCAGGGCAGGGAAGAAGCCUCACUACAAACAAAUUGUCUGGGUCAAACUGGGAAACUACAGAUGGUGGCCAGCUGAGAUCUGCAACCCUCGCUUGGUGCCAUCAAACAUUCAGAGCCUUCGUCAUGACAUCGGCGACUUCCCAGUCUUCUUCUUCGGCUCCCACGACUACUACUGGAUCAACCAGGGCCGGGUUUUCCCAUAUGUGGAAAAUGACAAGAACUUUGUCACAGGUCAGAUCAACAUCAACAAAACCUUCAAGAAAGCUUUGGAAGAAGCAGCCCGGCGGUUUCAGGAGCUUAAGGCUCAGAGGGAGAGCAGGGAAGCUCUAGAGCAGGAGCGUAACUCCCGCAAACCUCCACCAUACAAAAUAAUCAAGUCCAACAAGCCAGUGGGGAAAGUGCAGGUGCACGUGGCCGACUUGUCAGAAAUCCCUCGGUGCAACUGCAAACCAACAGACGAGCAUCCUUGCAGCCUCGACUCCCAGUGUCUCAACCGCAUGCUGCAGUACGAGUGUCAUCCGCAGGUGUGUCCUGCAGGAGACCGAUGUGAGAAUCAGUGCUUCUCCAAGCGGUUGUACGCAGAAACUGAGGUGAUAAAGACGGAGGGGCGCGGCUGGGGGCUUAAAACCAACCAAGCGCUCCGGAAGGGUGACUUUGUGACUGAGUAUGUGGGAGAGGUUAUAGACUCAGAGGAGUGCCAGCAGCGAAUCAAACGAGCCCACGAAAAUCAUGUGACCAACUUCUACAUGCUCACCCUAACCAAGGACCGUGUGAUAGACGCCGGCCCAAAAGGAAACUCCUCUCGGUUCAUGAACCACAGCUGCAGCCCCAACUGUGAAACCCAGAAGUGGACGGUCAACGGAGACGUUCGCAUUGGGCUCUUUGCCCUCUGUGACAUCGAGGCUGGCACAGAGCUGACAUUCAACUACAACCUACACUGUGUAGGCAACAGGAGGAAGUCCUGUCACUGCGGAUCCGACAACUGCUCGGGAUUCCUCGGAGUGCAGCCAACGAGCACCAGAGUGGUGAUGGAGAAGGAGGAGAGAUCCAAGAACGCCAAACUGAAGCCUAAGAAGCGGAAGCUGCGGCCGGAGGGCAAACACACACACGAGUACUUCUGUUUCCACUGCGGGGAAGGAGGAGAGCUGGUGAUGUGUGACAGGAAGGACUGUCCGAAAGCAUAUCACCUGCUUUGUCUCAACCUCACCAAGCCACCAUACGGACGCUGGGAAUGUCCGUGGCACGACUGUAGCAUAUGCGGCGCCUCGGCUUCAUCGCUCUGCGACUUCUGCCCCCGUUCGUUCUGCCGGGACCACGAGGCGGGGGCGCUCACCGCCUCCUCUCUGGACGACCGCCUCUGUUGCUCCAACCACAACCCACUCAGUCCGCUCGGCUCCGUCUCAACCCAGCCGCGUCUCUUCGAUCGGAGCCCCGUCAGGGUCAAGGAGGAGUCUGAGGCGGGGCGGCCGGCUAAAGAAUGAAGCCGCAACUUCCACUAUACCUCAUUCCCAGCGAAGUGCUCUCUGAUGUCUGCAGCAGUGCACUUCAUAAGGGGGAUACAGUGUUUUUUGUUUCAGUUUUUUAAAUAAUGCGAAGGCUGCUGUCAGCAGCUUGGACACACUGAUGAACACCCUGAUGCUGUUGGCAGUAAGAGCAGAGCGACCGGAGGAAUGACAGGGGAAGGUGACCAAACAUAAUUGUGCGCUGUUUUCUCUCCUCUCUUGUCAUAAAAGACCAACAGUUACACUUUCUGCAGCUCGCCUGUGCCCAUCAGAGGGCCCAGACCUUACUGUGUUUUUCCUCUCUGUAUUUUCAUGAUUUUACAGCUGUGAAGUUCAUACAGUGCUUUGAAAAAGUAUUUACCCCCAUUACAGAUUUUUCUGUUAUUUUGAUUAAAAUAAUUUUAUUAUCAGACUAACAAUCAGUUUAAAUGCAAAAUUAGAUUUCAAAUGAUGACUGGAUUAUUAAAGCUAAGAAAGGCUAUUCAAAACAACCUGGCUAUAUGUACAGAGUAAUUGCCCACUAAAUCUACAAACUGGCUGUGCCACCCUUGGCUACAAAUGCUGCCAUCUAGUGUUAGCAAUACUUGAUGAUGAGUCUUUAACGUCACUGUGGAGGACUCUUGUUCCACUCGUCCUUACAAUGUUUAAAUUCAGCCACACUGGUUUUGGAGCUUUAACAAUUUGCUUUGAAGUGAUUCUCCAGUGCCUCAAUUAGAUUGAGGACCAGACUUUGACUAGCCCACUCCAAAAACCUCCAUUAUGUCUUUUUUCAAAGGUAAUCACCCUGCUGUAGGUAGUUGCUGUUGGCCAGUAUCACAACUUUUACUUGUUUUCUGUAUUUAUGGAUAAUUUCUCUGACUGUGGUUUGAAGUAGUCUAAAAUCUUUAGAAAUAACUUUGUAACCAUGUGUUCUUGGAUUUCUAUAGAUCGGGGGAUGAUGUGUUGCUUUUUGAGAUCUUUGAGCCUACCUUCAGCUGACGGACAGGUUUGAUUUACUGGGUUUCUUGAUUCCACAAGUCUGUUGGUCAUCACGGAUUGGUGUGGCGGGUAAAAUUGAACUUAGCUUUAAAAAACGUUUAAGAACAGUUAAUUCAUGAUUUCUCAUGGAGGGCAGUUAUCUCUUCACAUACAUCCAGGAUCUGCUUUUUGUAUUUUCUCAGAUUAUUUUGGUCUGAUAUUAAAAUUUGUGUGUUCUGAAACGUGUAGAAUGUGAAAAAAAAGCAAAAUCAAAAGAUCACUAAGGGGGUAAAUACUUUCUCCAGGGUCUUGUAAGUGUUGCCAUGCGACAGCACUCAAAGGUUAGAGAGGAGGAGGAGGGGGAGGUGCUACGUCGAACCUCUCCACCCACCAUGCUGCUCUCCUCCCUCGUUUACCUGCUGUAACCCACGUAAUGGAUCUCUUUAUGACGAAGACGAGGCAGCUCUUCCUCAUCACCUCCGACACAAUCCCCCAUCCUAUUUCUUCUUUCUUGUUGGAAAAGAACUCAGAAAAAUGACCAAAUUUGUGCAAUUUUACUUUUUUUGUUGUUGUUUGUUUUCCAGAACCACACUACAUUCCAACCUUCCUUAAACAUGCUUUUUAAUAUACUUAUGGGGUAUAGAUGAAUAUAAUUAUAUACAGUAUCUAUGUUUGUUAAUGUUUACAGACAGAUUUCUCUCACUUCAUCUCGAUGAGUGGUGUAUUACGUUUGUUUGUUUCGGUGUUGAACAUUACGCUGACCUCUUUGUGAAAAUAGUCCUAUUAAGGUGAAAUAUAAUGGUAUAUAGUGUAAUGGUAUGACAUUACAGAAGUACUUGUGAUUUCAUCUUGCCAGUCCCACUUGCCAUUGUGUACAUAAUUGGCUCACCAUAUUGUAAAGUACUCAAAAAUUGGGAAGGGGGAGGCUCUCCUGAUGUGUCCCGAAGAAGAACAUCUUGUUUUUUAUUGUUGUUGUUUAUGUUCCCACUCGUCUUCUGAUUAGUUCCUGUUAUCUGUAUAGUAAAUGGAGGUGGCCCAGCUUGUGAUCACAGGUGCUGUGUUUCAAGUAUUGUUUAUAAGCCUUAAGUUAGAUUUUCCACUGUCAGACCCUCUGCAGGGGUGCAUUUCAGUAAUUUCAUUUCACUCGUGUACUGUGACGGCCUUUUGUUUUUUCUUUUUAUGUUUUUUCGUUUUGCCAAACCUAUGAAAAGCACUUUCACACGGGCAGACAGAAAUACGCAGACAUGACAAGUAUUUCAAAACGGAUACCUCUUCUUGUUAUAACAUUGGAGUUUAAUCUGUGUUGGGACUGCUUUUGCCUCUUAGUUGGAAACCUUGUGAAUGCUAGGUCGUCUGUUCCUUUCUUUUUAAACAAAAGUGGCCUAAUUGCUAGGGGGUCUUUUUUGUUUUAAAGGGAGGGGGGUACAAAUAGGAAUAAACUGCCACCCCAGCUCUGGAGUAAAAGGAAAAAUAAAAGCCCACCGGAGGCAUCUUUUUUUUUUUUUUUUUGUGUGUCCAAGAAGAAAUGGUGUAACAAAAAUCCUGUUCAGUAUGAUGUACAAACACAAACUCCUGUACAGUGUUUUUAAAUCGCUCAUUCAGUCAGAACUAACGUUUUUGUAUUUAUUGCACCACGUUUUUUACCGAUUUUUCUUUUUUUCAAACACCAGUGCAGUAAGUCGUCUCCCAUUCGCACCGAGAUGUAACGAACAUAGAUGAUAAAAUAAAAUGAUAAUAAAAAGAUAAAAUAAAAAUAAAAACCACAUGGGGAGUUUCACGUAUUAUGCCUGUAUCUAACCAUUUUCUUACAUUUGGUGUAAUGAUUCCACAUUUGGUGACAGCAGCUGCUUGUCGGCCUGUGUCGUGACUCACUGUAAUCGGUGUUCAAAGCGGUUCAGUAUUGAAAUGUAAGGUGUUUUCGUUGCCAAUUCAGUUGCCACAAAGUUAAUCAUGACAGAAAGAAAGGAUUUCUUUUUGUUUUGUCUGUUUAUAUUCACAGUUUUUAUUUCCCCUUGAAAUUUCAUAACGAGUGGAUGUGAGAUGUGUGGGGUCACAGGGUGAAAAAGUGCCAAUGUUGCCAGUUUUUUCAGUUCUUUUUAAAGUGUCUUUAAAUACAGAGACUUGAUGCGCUCAGUUGUUUUCGUUUUGUAAACUUUUCAGCAGGGCUAAUAUCAUUUGGGUUAGAAGCUUUUUCAGCAGUUUUGGCUCUACUUUUAUGUCAAAUUCCUCAUUAUUUGUGUCGCCCGUGUUACAGAAUAAAUCGCAGAAGCUUGCAGCUGAAUUUAAUACACUUUAAAAAAAAAAAGAAUUGGAAAAUAUUUGUAUUGAAAGAUUUCUUUUAGGGCUAUAUUGCUCAGCCCCAGUGGCUUAAGGUAUUUUUUCUGAUAAACUUACAGCUGAAUGAAGAGAAAAGGAAUUUAACUCAUUAAAGCUUCUCAUAAUUAAAAGAUGAAACUCUGAAGGUUUUACCUCAAAACAUUUAGCAAAUUGGAUCGCGAUUGAAAGAAAUGACAUAUUUGAGUCAAGUUCAUAAAACUAAUCCAAAGAGCUGAAAAAGAUGGAUUCUUCACACCGUUCAGCACUGCUCUGUUGUUUUGUUGCUUUAAUUGUGCUUCAUUCGGUGCAUCAUUAAGACACUUUCCUUUACAAGCUCAAAACAUUUGAUGUUUAUCUGUAUCUCUUUGGUUUUCUCGCAGGCUUCAUAUGCCUUGUUGUUACUUGAGAAAAUAUCUUCUGAUUCCUUGUGUUUGUAUAAUUCUAAUUGAAGCCUCUGUUUUUGUUGUAACGGUGAAUGUUGUUAAACUGCAGUGCAUGCUUCCAACAUCAGAGGAUGAUUUGAUGCCAAUGAUUCGCUGUACUUCUGUUCCUUUUUGUUUUAGAGAUUCUGCGUGAAAACAAACAGCCUUUGUUUUUGUUUUUCUUUGCACCUGCAGAUCGCAUGAUCGUGCUCGCUAUCCUUGUGCCGGUCGGUCUUUGCGGCCGUGGUGAGCGGAUGCAGCUGAAGUAUUACUGCUUUCUCAAAUUCAUUUGACGCUGCCUGUUCUAUGUUUUUUAUUAUUAUCCUUUAAGUGACCCUUAACUCUGUCUGAGGAGGACUUUUGUUUGCCAAAGGGCAUGUUUCAGUUCACUGUGACGUCUUUUUUCCGGUUUUGUUUUGUUCAAUGUUGGGCCGUUGAGGGUCUUACCUGACAUGCUGUCAAAUGGUGUUGGAAUAAAUGAAUAAUUUCACCUGCAUAAGCACUCUUCAUCUCUUUUUAUUCGUAGGAAACCUGCUCACAGUAACUCUGACUGGGGUCAUAUCUAUCGCUCUUGGUGUUGCUUCGAUUAAACCGUGGAUGAACACUCAUCGCUAUGUUAACUGCCUGUGUUACUGCAUACCACACAUUGUCAAGGAACUUGUAAAUACUUUGCAUUGGAUUUGCAUAGACUCAUGUUACUGUGGUGUGCUCUCUUUUGUUUUUACAUUUUAUUUUUGCCUGUAAAAUUCUGCUUCUAAAUGCGUGUGUGACUGUUGAGAAGACGCUCUUCUUUUUUGUACAUGAUCUGUCUUUUUAUUUGAAAAUAUUGAUUCUGUCCUUUUUUUCAUUCUGAAAUUGAGUUUAAAGAGUUCAGACAUGCCUGAAGUUUGACUUUAAUAAAGCUGUACUCUGUCUCAGUGAAA